AUGUUCCCACCCCAGUCCGCGGGACUGGUAGACCGCCUGGCGGACUGCCUCGUCAGUGAAGAACCCGCCCGCCGCGAGGCCGCCGCCCUCGCGCUCGCCGCGCUGCCCGCCGCCGCGGGCGCCGCUGCGGAGCCCUACCUGCUCCCGCUGGCGGCCCCGCUGCUGCAGCUGAUGGCUGACAAGACAGGGGCUGUCAGAGACGCCGCGCUCGCCGCGGGCGCUGCGCUGGCGGGCUCGCUGCGCCCCCGCGCGGCGGGGCUGCUGCUGCCGGUGCUUUUUGAGCACACAGACCCCCUCAAGCGCUGGCAGGCGCGCGAGGGCGCGCUGCGCAUGCUGGCGGCGGCGGCGGGCGCGGCGCCGGGGAUCGUGGCCGCGCGGCUGCCGGAGAUUGUCCCGCUGAUCUCGGCCCUUAUGAACGACGCGCGGGAUCAGGUCAAGGCGGCCGCGGUGGACGCGGGCACGGCCAGCUACCAUUUAGUGGGCAAUAGGGAUAUUGAGCACCUGGUUGACGACCUGCUGCACACGGUGGCGCGGCCCGAGGACGUCCCUGACGUGGUUGGGAAGCUCAGCGCCACCACGUUCGUGCAGGCCAUCGAGGCACCCGCCCUGGCAGUCAUGGUGCCCCUCCUGAUCAGGGGCCUGCGGGAAGCUACCCCCAUCCAGCGUAAGGCCUGCGUCAUCACCACCAACAUGGCCAAGCUGGUCAACAGCCCCCUGGACGCGGCGCACUUCUUGCCAGCCCUCGUGCCAGGCAUAGAAAAGGUGGCCCGGGCAGCGGCAGACCCAGAGCUAAGGGAGGUGGCCGCCAACGCGCUGGGGGUGCUGGAGCGCAUAUUGAAAGAGGCCCACGCCAUGCACACGGAGACCAGGGCCGCCGCCGCCGACAAGGAGGCCGCGCGGCGUGGGCUGGCAGACGCGGUGUCGCUGCAGCAGCCGCUGACGCCCGUUGACGCUCCCACGCUGUCGCACGUCGCCGCACUCUGCUGUGCCCUGAUGGACGCGCGCGUCUUCGACUCGGAGGAGUGGCGCGGCUGCAUCGUACCUUACCUGGCGCCCAACUUCAUGGGGGAGGCGGCGGCGGAGGCGGCGGCGCGGGCGUUCCUGCAGCGCUGCGUGGCCAGGAUGCGGGAGGAGGGGGUCAUUGAGGACCUGGGGUGGGACAAUGAGGCGGGGGAUGAGGGCUACGAGGAGCUCUGCGACUGCAAGUUCAGCCUGGCCUAUGGCGGCAAGAUCCUCCUCAACAACGCAUGCCUGCGUCUGCUCCGCGGCCGCCGCUACGGCCUGUGCGGCGGCAACGGCGUCGGCAAGUCCACCCUCAUGCGCGCCAUCAGCCGCGGGCAGCUGGAGGGGUUCCCGCACCCCGACGUGCUCAAGACGGUCUACGCGUCCCUGGCGGACCUGUCUGUCGUGGAUUACGUCGUCGCAGACCCCCAGGUCAAGGUCACCGGCAAGUCCAAGGCCGAAGUUGCGGCCGGUCUGACGUCCGUUGGAUUCGACGAGGAGAUGAUGGCGAAGCCGAUCACCGGCAUCAGCGGCGGCUGGAAGAUGAAGCUGGCGCUCACGAGGGCCAUGCUCCUGGGGGCGGACAUCCUGUUGCUGGACGAGCCCACCAACCACCUGGACACCGCCAAUGUGGCGUGGCUGGAGCGGUGGCUGGUGACGCAGCGUGACGUCACCGUGAUGACCGUGUCGCACGACAGCGGGUUCCUGGACAGGGUAUGCACAGACAUCAUCCACUACGCCGCCCGCCAGCUGCGGCGCUACCGCGGGAACCUUUCGGAAUUUGUAAAGGCGGUGCCGGCGGCGCAGAGCUACUACCAGCUGCAGGCGGCGACGCUGCGCUUCAGGUUCCCCACCCCCGGCCUGCUUGACGGCAUCACAUCAAAAGAGAAGCCCAUCAUCAAG